AUGCAUGUUUCAAUGUUUGCUCCUCGUCCCAGCCAACUACUAUUACUUUCGUUUACAACCAUGCGGACCGCGGAGGAUAGUAUGAAAAAGUCAACCUCAUACAUAGAGAACACUCGCAGCCCCGAUACAUAUGUGUUUUCAUCACCAGCACGCGAUGUUGGAUGGUCUCCCAGCGCAGCGAGCACUCCGUUUAGUACAGCGUUCUAUAACAACAAUCCGAGCACGGACUUUAUGAGCUACGUAAUAGAGUCGAGAGUGUCACCUGUCCGACGAAACCAUCACCUUUCGCGACCAAACACUGAGCCAAGUCCAUCAUCUACUCUUGCGCCUCUCUUAUAUCAACGGGAGGUAAACGAGCCGGGAAUCAGCUUGGUAGAUCCUGAGUCUUACAGCCUAUCCAAAGGAAUACACUCGUCUCAGGCUCCACCGCCGUCGACUCCAGAGCCUGUUGGGAAGUUGUUCCAUAAUACGAGUGUUCAGACUGAUCCUAGCAUAUCGAUUGAUCAUGAGUCAGAAGUCUACGAAACACAUCUCCCACUGAUGUGCUCUUCUUCGCCUAUCUCACCACCUUGUCAUAGGAUCAACGGCUCCCCGAUUAAGCCCAAGUGUAUCUCUAUGUUUCCGCCUCCAGCAAGCCCUCCUCCGUUCUCUUUUUAUCCUUCAAGUCCUGCGCAUACAUAUACUGACUUGGGGUCCGAGCGCGUCGCUGAUCCAAUCAAACCACUUACCAAGCGAGCCCUUCGAACUGGAUUAUUACCAUCGCUUUCUCAUUGCUAUCCAUCUGCCGAGCCUUUGGAUGAUGACCCUUUUCUCGUCCCCGUGCCCAAAUUAACAGGUGGUCGACCAUUAGGUGGAGUCACAAGGGAUUUCAAGUCAGGAUCGCUCGAUCCUCGCGAACUUCUUAGGCAUGUUCCCAGCUUCGAAACUGGCCAUGCGAGCGAAGAACAUACUAUUGAUGCAGGAGAUGCCUAUAAUUCAUCCAAGCGUGUUCAUGUUCCAAGGAAACGCGUGGGUGCUCCUGGCCGCACUGCUAUAACUAAAAGGAUUGCACCUGGAUCAACGGCCGAGGAGCGUAUAAGUCAGGCAUUCAGUGUUACGUCCAACCCAACGACUCCACUUGUAUCGCCGCCCCAGUUUUUCUCGCCCCAGUUUAUCGAGACAGAAGUCGAUCAAGCAUCAAGCCGCAGAAACCUAUCAACUCCAUCGAUAUCGACAGCGGAAAAUCACCCCAUUAGCAUGAUCAGCUACACAAACCCAAGUACAACAGCUCGGACCUUUUUCCCGGCCCCACGCUUAACCUCGUCAUUCGACACACCCUCUACGGCGAGCAUUCUACCGACUCCGGCUCAUACCACCCUAUUUCCUUCACCAGACAUUAUUGAUUCGCCAACUAUUAUGCAUUCGAUUCAUGGCCAAGGUAGAGCGACACGGAGUCGGUUGGCGUCGAGAUACGAUAUGCCAUCUCCAAUGAUCAAGUACGAUUCGAUUGGGGAUAAAGAUUUGCCCGAAUUUAGUUAUGCCCACCAAGUCGACCAACAAAACCAAGAAGAAGUUCCCUAUGCUGAAAGUUGGGACGAUGACCAAGACGACAUCCAAGAUGGGGAAGAAGCAUCUGAUUUUGGAGGUGCUGGUCUCCAAGAAAAAAUUGGACUGCUACGAGCUGUCAACCCGAGCUCAUUAACGAUCCCAUCCUUUCCCGUCCCUUCUUCGUCGGAUGGGAAUGAGGAGGCUGAGUCCUUGUCUCCAGGCUCACUUGUAGGCCAAGGUCAGCCAGUGGCGAGUGGCGAGCAUCCAAACGGCACGAAUUCCAGAUCCAAACGCGUUCAUGAAGAGAAUAGCCGUGAUGAAACGGCUUCAAAGAGACUCAAGAUGCCAGGCAAAGACAAGGAGGCGACUAACAGGAAAGUAGGUUCGAUUGACAAUUUCCGCAACGAUUUUGGAUCCGGAAGGGCUACAAGAUCACAGUCCCGUGCUGUUGCUGCCCCUCUCUCUCGCAUCGUCAGACCGAACGAGGUACUAAGAGCCAACAUCAUGGUCCCCAGACGCACUAGCUCUCGCAUAAGAGGUGGAUCAAAACCGGCUGAAGAAUCUCUCCCCGAGUCGUUUAAAUGGCCCAGCCAAGAAAAUAGCAGGAACAAGCAUAACGUCCAUGGGCAAGCUCCAAAUCAAGCAGCCAAUGUUCUAUCAGAGGGGGCAAUGGAUACAAAUUGGAGCAAUGGCGCUCUUCAUAUCCCUCUAGGAGCUACCAUGGCGAAAAGGAGGUCUCGUAAAAGUCAACCCCACGAGGCUGGAAAGGAAGGAGAGUCUGAGGAGGAUCAUCACGUGUCUACGAAACACCAAGUCCCUGCCGAUUUACUCCCACGACCCAAUAAAAUGUUAGUUUAUCGCCCAGACGGCGAAUUUAUACGUCGGAAUUUCCCAGAAAGUCUCCCAAUUCACGAAGGGUAUCCAAAAUGGUAUCGUCGAUUCCCCGUAUCCGCGUACUUUGCAGAGGGGGACUCGGUCAGAAAGUUCGUAUUGGGUGACCGGGCGGUGUCCGGUAGGGCUGCGAUGCCUAGUAUGCCUGGUUUGGUUCCCAACUCGGCAGCGCAUUUCAAUCUCUAUAAUCCCCGGUUCGUGCGUGGCUCGGGCAAUGGAAAGUUGGGUGUUUGUCCGAUAUGUGUGGAGCCUGUUUGGCGUGGGGGAGCAGGCAAGGUUGUCUUACUCAACACCAAGAUAUCUCAAUACAACUAUCAUAUGCAGAAUUUUCAUGGGCUUUCACCAAAGACAGGAUUCCCAUUCUCACCGCCUAUUGCCUUUCGACAACAGUCUCAUCGACCGUCCAAGUCCAAAGCUCGUGAAAAGGAAGUGAUUGAAGAAGGCCAGUGUCAUGUAUGCAGCAAGUGGGUUCCUAUCGAAAGUUUCUUGGCAAAGGAUAUCAAGGCAACAUUUAAAUUCAAGGUUCCCGAGAUGUUUUGGUGGAAACACGCCGCAUCAUGUCACGGAACAAGCCAACUUGCUGGUGAUGAGGACCCAUAUAUCGAAGAUAGUGUGUACCUUAGGUUGCGAGAGUACGAAUCACUCUCCAAAAACGAGGGAUCGAUAAAGGAAAUAUGCUCUGAGCGCCAAGAACUUAAAUCAAAGUCGGAGUGCGAGGUUGAAGAGAUCAGCAGACCGUCAAAUUCUCGAACCACUCCGAUGGAAGGGGCAAAGGAUAUAACUGAGGGUGUGGAAGAUCAAGAAUACUCGACGGAUUCAGAUUCUAAUCUCACAGACUUGAGCGCGGAGGAUGAUAUUGAACUUUCAGAUUACUAG